UACUGAGGGUUUAAGUAUGUAAAAUCGAGUUCAGCCUCCGUCUCUGAUACAAUUCGAAAACCUCUCUGCCUCCGCCGAUUCUGACCUUGCAUCACCCAUUCAGCUUUCCAGUCUCUCUGCGUCGUUCUAGGGUUUUUAUUAGUAUUUUUUUCGAAGAUGGGAAGGGCAAAGAAAGCUCAAAAGUUUGCUGUCAUCAAGAAGAUUAUUAGCCACAAAGCUUUGAAGCAUUACAAGGAAGAGGUAUUGAAUCCAAACAAGAAGGACCUCACAGAACUUCCGAGAAACGUUCCGAGUGUUCCUGCAGGGCUUUUCUUUUCUUACAACUCUACAUUGGUUCCUCCUUACCGUGUUUUGGUGGAUACUAACUUCAUCAACUUCUCUAUCCAGAAUAAGAUCGAUCUUGAGAAGGGAAUGAGAGACUGUCUGUACGCAAAUUGCACUCCUUGUAUCACGGAUUGUGUCAUGGCUGAGUUAGAGAAGUUAGGUCAGAAGUAUCGCGUAGCUCUAAGGAUUGCGAAAGAUCCGCGUUUUGAAAGACUACCUUGUGUACACAAAGGAACAUAUGCUGAUGACUGUCUCGUUGACAGAGUUACUCAGCAUAAGUGCUUCAUAGUGGCUACAUGUGAUAGAGAUUUAAAGCGAAAGGUAAAGAUAAUUCCUGGUGUGCCAAUCAUGUAUGUGACGCGACGCAAGUACUCAAUAGAGAAGUUGCCUGAAGCUACACUUGGUGGAGCACCAAGAUACUGAUAAUUGAAUAGAGACCUUACGGAUUCCAUGAAGCCCUGAAGCCUCAAGCCUGAGUUGGUCUUGGUUUAAGAUCUGAAUUAAAAUGACUUGGAAAGGCUGUGUAAUGAGAUCUUAAGCCAUUUUUGUUCUCUGGGUUGGCUAAUUUGUUGUUAAUUUGAUACAAGGUUAAUUGACAACUUAAUAGAUAUCUUUAUUAUGUUUU